CAUAUUAAUUCUGAAGACAAACUACCUGAAAAUUGGUUUGAACAACUUGAACCUCACGAUAAUAUAAAUCAACAAGAAAUUGUAGAAUCAUUGUUAGGGGCUGCAGCUUUAAAUACUGAGGAGCGAGAGUUAUUGAAUAUGAUUAAUAAAGAAUCAGAAAAUGAAGAUGAAAAGAUAAAUAAUAGAAGUGUGAAUGAAAUAGUAGAUGAAAUAGUAGAUAUAACUGAAAUAAUAGAUGUAGACAAAAUAGCAAAUAUAAAUGAAAUAGCGGAUGUAAAUGAGAUAAUGGAUGUGAAUGAAAUAACAAAUGAAAGAGAAGUAGUUGAAAUGGUAAAUGAAAUAAUGGAUAAAAGAAUAAAUGAAAAUACGAACAAAAGGGUGAAUGAAAACAUGGAUAAAAAGGCCAAAAAAAAGGCAACCGAAAAUGUAAAUGAAAAAAGAGUUAAUAGAAAGGCAAACGAAAGAAUAAAUAAAAGAGCAAAUGAAAAAACAAAUGAAAAAGUAAAUGAAGAGACAAGUAAGAAAGUGAAUGAAAUGGUGAAUGAAGAAGUAAAUAAAAGGGUGAAUGAAGAGAUAAACAAAAGAAUAAAUGAAAAAAUAAAUGAAAAAGUAAACAAAAGGACAAAUGAAAAAGCAAGGAAAACAAUAAAUAGAGUAGUAGAUAAAAGAAAAAGAAUAGACAAAAAUAAAGCAAAUAAACAAGUAAAUAAAAGUGUGAACAAAAAAAUAAAACAUAAGGUAGAUGAAGGGGUAAGCAAAAGGAUAAGCAAAAGUGUAACCAAAAAGAUGAAUGAAAUGAUGAAUAAAGAAGUAGAUAAAAUUAUGAGUGAAGAGGUAGAUAAAAUAAUGGAUGAAGAAUCUGUUUUAGAUAAACGUAAUUCUCAACAUAUUUUUCAAAACAAAACUAAUAUUCAACAAACAGCAGCACAUGAAAUCUACCGAGGUAUAGCUACAAAAUCUCUUAAGAGAUAUAAUGAUAAUAUGAAAUCACAGUUAAUCAAGUACAAUAAAAAAUUUGCAGACAAAUAUAACGUUAGAGAUUUUGUUCAUCUCAAAAUUUCUGAAAUUGACAAAACACACAGUGAUCGAAAGACAUUACUGUGUAAAGUUCUUGAAGUUUUGCAAGACAAUACUUACAAGAUUGAAUGUAAAUCGGGCAUUAUUCAAAUUACCUACAAUGCUACUGAACUACUUCCUUUGGAAUCAGUAGACCUUGAAACAGGGAGAUGUAAAAAGCUGGACAUCACAUCAUGA